CGGCCAUUGGCUCUGAAUGCAUUUGAAGUAUUGUUUACUGAGUGUUCCCACACAAACAUGCACGCACACACACACAUAUAUAUGUGCCAAAGACUGUAACGGAUGCGAGACUGAUGCGCUGGCAGCCGGGUGCCUCAACGUCAGUACGGUACUGUGUCGUCAGCGCCAGGCGAUGUGACGGACGGAAAUCCAGUUGCAUCUCAGGCAAGCUUGAAGCAUACAAAGGGCUGGGGCACCCUCUUGCCAAUUGCCAAAAGACCUCAAUAUUCUCCGGUCACAUCCACCCCCUUGAAUUCCAUUAUCGGUCUCGCAAGGCACGACUGGGUUUCGACAAUGUCGUCAUCUCGCGUUCAGGCUGGCACAAGCCCCAGGGAAGGUGGUCCAUCCACGAAAUGGACCACCAUCUACCAGCUCGUCAUGACACCCAUCAUCUUCGUAUCCUUCCUAGUCUCGCUGGCCUGGGUUGAUUUCCGCUACUCCAUCAUGCGCUCUCACAGCCACUCCGAGGAGCCCAGCCAGCUGCCCCGGUGGCUCCACCGCAUUGCGUACCGGCAGGCGCCGUACAAGUACGUCAAGGUUAACGCGACAGAUGCGAAGGCCGCGGCAGGCGACAGCGAGGGGACGAGAUGGUACUAUCACAGCAAGCAGCGGAAGCUCAUGAAGAUGGAGGCCGACGACGCUUUUCAGAUCCGCGGGACCGUCCUCGUGGUUCUGGGCUUGCUCGCCGUGGCGGCCACAUGGGCUGCUUCGUGGGCAGGAUGGUGGCUCUGGGUCAUGAUGCGGGCGAGGCUCGACUGAAGUCAAGCACGAGGACUGGAUUUUCUUUGCAGGUUGAGGGUAUUGUUUCGCAGGUCUUGAUGCCAAGUAGCCUUUGUUUUAAAAUCUUCAUUGCUCUUUACGGAUCCCAGCCACGACUGGCCCACGGUGGAUGUUUACUGCUGGCAGUCGGGCCCGCGCAAGUCACAUGAUCCUGUCUCGAGAGACCGUCAGGCUCAACUCGGGAGGUUGAACUUCGGAGAGUGUUGCAGCUAUCGAAUCUGCGGUGGGCUGAAGACAUACACACAGCUUUGUGGGGCCACGUAUGGGAGGCUGCAAGGUUCAGAUUA